AUGGGAGCUCCCCCGGCCAGCACGCCUUUCCCCGCUCGCCAAUGCACAUCGCAUCUAGACAGGCCCUUCACGCAUCUCUCAAGCAAGAAAGAUCUGGCGAGCGCUCAUGGGCAACCCAACCGCAUAGUCACCUGCUCGUGCCAUUGGUGGCAAGAACGACUACACAUCCUGCCUAGUACAGCCUUCAAGGGCCAGGAUCGCGUCUCGUCAUGGACCUCUGUCUCGAGGAAAUGUGAAACAAGGGCACACGGUCAGAAAGCUUGCAGCGACCGUGUGACAGUCGCCCUCGUUUAUUAG